AUGAAAACUAGUGAGAAAUUUAUAGUUCUCCACCCUUCGAUUCACAAGCCAAGCGGCGGAGGCGGUGGAUCUGCAGUUCCACCGUCUCACCGCACUUGGAUUCUGGUUUUUAUGCUUUUCUUUACUGUUACUUUCGCUUUCACUCUCAUAACCACCAGGGAAGCCGCCAGAACCUCCGCCGGCGCUACUACAACUACCAGGUCCGUGCUACCCAGGCCCAUCUUUGACGCGCUUGUGCACUAUGCUUCCACCAACACCACUUCCUUCUCCGGCCGCAUGUCUUCUGCUGAACUGAAAUACAUCGCCGCCGUCCUCCGCCGCUGUGCUGAGCCAUGCAACUUGCUUGUUUUUGGGAUCACCCAUGAAACCCUCCUCUGGAACUCACUGAACCACGAUGGUCGUACGGUUUUUAUUGAUGAAAGCUCGUACUUGGUCUCCAAGCUUGAAGAAAAGCAACCGGGAAUCGAAGCUUACGACGUGCAAUUCACCACCAAAGUAAGCGAAUUAUACGAUCUAAUCGAGCAUUACAAAGAACAAAUGAAAAACGAAUGCCGGCCGGUGCAGAAUCUGUUAUUUUCAGAUUGCAAAUUGGCGAUAAAUGAUUUGCCAAAUCACAUAUACGACGUCGCAUGGGACGUGAUUCUGAUAGACGGUCCUCGUGGAUACUUUCCGGCGGCUCCUGGGAGGAUGGCAGCGAUAUUUACUGCUGGAGUUUUGGCUCGAAGUAAAAGGGGUGGCGCCACCCAUACCCAUGUGUUUGUGCAUGAAAUUUACAGAGAAGUGGAAAAAUUGUGCAGUGAUGAAUUUCUUUGCCGGGAAAAUUUGUUGGAGACUAAAGAUUUUUUGGGCCAUUUUGUGGUGGGAAAAAUGGACGCCAAUAGCUUUGAGUUUUGUCCCAAUUCUGAUUCAUCUUCUUCUCCUAAAUCAAAUUAA